AAUGCCCCAGAAGUAACUAUCACCUCUGUCACCAGCUCAAUCCCUGAAAAUGCUCCUCCUGGCACUGUCAUUACUCUGUUCCAUGUGCAUGAUAGAGACUCUGGCAAAAAUGGUCAGGUCCUGUGCUCCAUCCCAGACAACCUGCCUUUCAAAUUAGAAAAGAAGGUGGACAACUAUCAUUCCCUGGCGACUGACAGAGCUCUGGACAGAGAGCAGGUGUCUGAGUACAACAUCACAGUGACUGCAGUAGACUUUGGGAGCCCAUCUCUGUCUACACACACUCACAUCCUCUUGCACGUGGCAGACAUCAAUGACAACCCACCCUCUUUCAGUCAGACAGCCUACUCUGCCUACAUCCAGGAAAACAACCCCAGAGGAGCUUCCAUCUACUCCUUGACUGCCCAUGACCCAGAUAGCCAAGAGAAUGCCUUAGUCACCUAUUCCCUUGUGGACAGUAGCCUCCCCUUGGAGGCACCACCACUGUCCUCCUAUGUCUCCAUCAACUCAGAGACUGGUGUGCUCUAUGCUCUGUGCUCCUUUGACUAUGAACAGUCCCGGGAGCUUCAGCUGAGAGUGACAGCCAGGGAUUCUGGGGACCCUCCUCUCAGCAGCAAUGUGUCCCUGACUCUGUUCAUCCUGGAUCAGAAUGACAAUGCUCCAGAAAUCCUGUACCCUGCCUUCCCCACAGAUGGCUCCAGUGGAGUGGAGCUGGCCCCACGCUCUGCAGAGCCAGGCUACCUGGUGACCAAGGUGGUGGCGGUGGAUGCAGACUCUGGCCAGAAUGCCUGGCUGUCCUACCAUCUGCUCAAGGCCACAGAGCCAGGGCUCUUCUCUGUGGGCCUGCACUCAGGGGAGAUCAGGACCAUCCGGGCAUUCCUGGACAAAGACACCCUCAAGCAGAAUCUCCUUGUGGCAGUGACAGAUAAUGGGGAGCCUCCCCUCUCUGCCACCAUCAGUGUCACUGUGGCGGUGGCUGACAGCAUCCCUGAGAUCCUCUCAGAUCUCAGCAGCCAGGCUGCCCCUGAGUCCCAGGAUGACUCUCUCCUCACAUUUUACCUGGUCAUAGCAGUGGCUGUGGUUUCCUGCCUGUUCUUUACCUUCAUUGUCCUUCUGCUGGCCCUCAGACUGAGGAGGUGGUGGAAGCUACAAGUUGUGCAGUCUGCAGCUGACCAUGUUGGGGGAGUGUCCUCCUCACAGUUUUUGGGAAUAGAUGGAGUGAGAGCUUUCCUUCAGACCUAUUCCCAUGAGGUUUCUCUCACCACGGAUUCUAGGAAGAGCCAGUUGAUCUUUCCUCAGCCCAACUAUGCAGACACCUUGAUAAGUCAGCAGAGUU